AAUCAAGAAACACUUGUUGUUUUUCCCGCUCGUUCAGUCAGCUGAAGUUUGGAGACGAUAUAAGACAGACCCACUCUACCACUGUACCUUUGUGGAGACCAUGAGGGUUGUUGCUGGUUUGCUGUUGUUGCUGCUCGGUCUGUGUGGAUCAGGGGCUCAGGGGGAGGCUGGAGGCCUCGGUGAGGUGGCUGAGAUCAACCAGAACACAGAUCCAAAACAUCCAGCUGAGGAAUCGACCCAGCAGAGCACAAAGCAAACCGACCCUGACGUCUGGACGGAGCUGAGGGCACUGAGAGACAUGGUGGUGGAGCUCAAUGUUCAGGUGGAGCUGCUGCAGAGAGAGAAUUCAGUCCAAGCCACAGUACUGGUAUCUUUGGAAAGCAGACUGACGUCCUCCGAGAGCAAAACAAGGGACCUAGAAAAAGAGAACGCAGACCUGCAGACCAGACUGAGCAGCAGUGAGAGUGAACUUCUCAUCAGCAAGUCCAGGAUCGACCAGCUGGAGAGAGAAAAUGCAGUCCAAGCCACAGAACUGACAUCUUUGGGAUCUAGACUGACGGCAACCGAGAGCAAAACAAGUGACCUAGAAAAAGAGAAUGCAGACCUGCAGAUCAGACUGAGCAGCAGUGAGUCCAGGAUCGACCAGCUGGAGAGAGAAAAUGCAGAGAAACCAAAGGUGGCCUUCUACACAGCUCUGACUGAUGCAGGAACUCUUGGACCAUACAACACAGACAUCACACUGAAAUACAGCAAGGUCUUCACCAACAUUGGCAAAGCUUACAAUCCAUCUACAGGUUUCUUCACAGCACCAGUCAAAGGUGUCUACAAUCUCCAGUUCACUGUGUUUGGUUACCAUGCUGGUUAUACUGGUGUACAAGUUUACAAGAACAACCAGAGGAUUAUGUAUAAUUCGGAGAAGAGCAGCGAGAAUUAUGUUCCUGAGUAUUUCACUAAGUCUCUGGUGUUGGAGCUGACAGCAGGAGAUGAAAUUCACCUGGUUCUCCCAUCAGGCUGGUCUAUCUAUGACAACAGUGAUAAUUUCAGCACCUUCAGCGGCUCCCUUCUCUUCACACUGUGAGGAUGUUGUUCAGGCUGCUGUGUGACUGAUUUGUCACAAACUCUGUUGUUAUUGGCUGAACUGUGAAUCUUUAUAAAAUGCUGAUAUUUCUCAGCACUGCUGCCUCCAGGACAACUUUCUGUACCUUCACUGCAUGAUUCAAACAGUGUGAUUCUCAAUCUGACUUCACUUUUGUGUCGUCACAUGAAAACAACAUUUAAAUAAAUCAAAGUUGCAUUCAA